CCCUCUGGCACCUCCUCCGUCGGCCGAAUUGCGGCCGUAUGUGCGGCUCUGUGGAGCGUGGCUGGGGUUGGGGGCACUGUGCCCCCAGCCCCCUGCUCCUUUGGACUCUACUUCUGUUUGCAGCCCCAUUUGGCCUGCUGGGGGAGAAGACCCGCCAGGUGUCUCUGGAGAUCAUCCCUAACUGGCUGGGCCCCCUGCAGAACCUGCUUCAUAUCCGGGCAGUGGGCACCAAUUCCACACUGCACUAUGUGUGGAGCAGCCUGGGGCCUCUGGCAGUGGUGCUGGUGGCCACCAACACCCCCCACAGCACCCUGAGCGUCAACUGGAGCCGCCUGCUAUCCCCUGAGCCCGAUGGGGGCCUGAUGGUGCUCCCGAAGGACAGCAUUGAGUUUUCUUCUGCCCUUGUUUUUACCAGGCUGCUUGAGUUUGACAGCACCAACGUGUCCGAUACGGCAGCAAAGCCUCCGGGAAGACCAUAUCCUCCAUAUUCCUUGGCCGAUUUCUCUUGGAACAACAUCACUGCUUCACUGGAUCCUGCCACCCUGAGUGCCACAUUUCAAGGCCACCCCAUGAACGACCCUACCAGGACUUUUGCCAAUGGCAGCCUGACCUUCAGGGUCCAGGCCUUUUCCAGGUCCAGCCGACCAGCCCAACCCCCUCGCCUCCUGCACACAGCAGACAGCUGUCAGCUAGAGGUGGCCCUGGUUGGAGCCUCUCCCCGGGGAAACCGUUCCCUGUUUGGGCUGGAGGUAGCCACACUGGGCCAGGGCCCUGACUGCCCCUCAAUGCAGGAGCAGCACUCCAUCGACGAUGAAUAUGCACCGGCCGUCUUCCAGUUGGACCAGCUGCUGUGGGGCUCCCUCCCAUCAGGCUUCGCAGAGUGGCGACCAGUGGCUUACUCCCAGAAGCCGGGGGGCCGAGAAUCAGCCCUGCCCUGCCAAGCUUCCCCUCUUCAUCCUGCCUUGGCAUACUCUCUUCCCCAGUCACCCAUUGUCCGAGCCUUCUUUGGGUCCCAGAAUAACUUCUGUGCCUUCAAUCUGACGUUCGGGGCUUCCACAGGCCCUGGCUACUGGGACCAACACUACCUCAGCUGGUCAAUGCUCCUGGGUGUGGGCUUCCCUCCAGUGGACGGCUUGUCCCCACUAGUCCUGGGCAUCAUGGCAGUGGCCCUGGGUGCCCCAGGGCUCAUGCUGCUAGGGGGCGGCUUGGUUCUGCUGCUGCACCACAAGAAGUACUCAGAGUACCAGUCCAUAAAUUAAGGCCCGCUCUCUGGAGGGAAGGACGUUACUGGACCUGUCUUGCUGUGCCUCAGAACUCUGGAGGUUGGAGCAUCAAGUUCCAGCCGGCCCCUUCACUCCCCCGUCUUGCUUUUCUGAGGAACCUCAGAGGCCAGCCUCAACCUCCUGGAGACCCCCAGGUGGGGCUUCCUUCAUACCUUGUGGGGGGGACUUUGGAGGCAGGCGGGGGACAGGGCUAUUGAUAAGGUCCCCUUGGUGUUGCCUUCUUGCAUCUCCACACAUUUCCCUUGGAUGGGACUUGCAGGCCUAAAUGAGAGGCAUUCUGACUGGUUGGCUGCCCUGGAAGGCAAGAAAAUAGAUAUUUUUUUUUCACAGGG